UUAACAUAAACCCGCGGCUCAAACUGAGUGCCCUAGCCGUGCCGCCGCUCAAUCAGCCGUAGUUGCGCCGCCUUCAACCUCUCCUGGAGACAUCCUGUAGUUUUGGAGAUGAAGUACUUGAAGCCAUUGAAAUUGUAACGAGGCCGUUUGCUUGGCUUGGAUUGGAUGUAGGAUUUUUCAUACUUGAAGUCAUCCCCAAACCAAACAUCUCUCAUCGGUUCAGCUGCCGUCUUGGGCAGCCGUUGCUGAAUUCGAAUUAUGUCUCCUAAAAUAUUUCUAUUGGAUUUAGCCAAAAAAUAUUUCACCGCAGGUAUAGUUUGCCUCACGAUUUCCGACCGAUAUGCUAGCUUUACUGCUGUUCGUGGUUCGUCCAUGUCUCCGACUUUCAAUCCCCAUACUGACAGUACUACCGGAAUUUCAUUUGAUGACUACGUAUUGGUUGAGAAAUUCUGCCUUAUCAAGUACAAGUUCACACGUGGCGAUGUCGUCGUUUUUCGUUCCCCAAGUAAUUAUAAGGAGAAAAACAUAAAAAGAAUCGUUGGCUUGCCAGGUGACUGGAUUGAUCUCCCUUCACUUGACACUGUGAGGGUUCCUGAAGGGCAUUGUUGGGUUGUUGGGGAUAACUCAGCUUGUAGCCUUGACUCAAGAUCUUUUGGCCUGAUUCCUCUGGGUUUGAUUUGCGGGCGCGUCACGCAUACGGUCUGGCCUCCUCACAGAAUUGGUGGAGUUAAUAGCAGAACCCAAGCAUUGCCAGUUCAUGCUGAAGAAUAAACUUUUCUUUUAUUAUUUCUUUAUUUAACAAGAGAGGCUCUGAUUCAUUUAUUGAUACUAGUAUUCUUCUGAAUUUUCAGGAUAAGUCUCAUUUGUUUCAUUCAUUGUGAAUUGGGAAAUAUACUUUGUUAUGGCAUUGAAUACUUAACUACUAACAUUAAGUUUUUUUUUUCA